AUGAAUAUUUUUGAAGUUGGUGUUUAUACUCAAAAUGAUGAGAAAGCUUAUGAUUUUUGUCUAAAUAAUCAAUUUAUACCGCCUGGAAUACAACAUACCUGUUGCAAUUCCGUAAUGCGGGUUGAAAAAAACAAUAAGAGUUUACGAUAUCGAUGCAGUAGGUGUCGUAGAUCGUAUUCAAUAUGGAAAGAUUCCAUUUUUGAAGGAAUUCAUGAUGUUGGGAAAUUUUUAAGACUAGUGUACUUGUACAUAAGCCGUUAUAAAAUUUUAACUGCUUCGAAAGAGUUAGAUUAUGAUAAGAAGGCAAUUUCAAGAUGGUUUAAAAAAUUUCGAAAGGUAUGUGGAUUCCAUAUAGCCUCGAAUCAUUCAAAGAUCGGGGGGCCUGGCCACGUUAUUGAAAUUGAUGAAACUCAUGUAUGGAAGCGUAAAUAUAACCGUGGUCGGCAUUUGACUUCCGAGGCUAUAUGGAUUAUUGGUGGUAUAUGUCGGGAAACAAAUGAGAUAUUUUUAAGUGCCACCACAACAAGAGAUCAAGAUACCACCUAUCGUGUGGUUAAAGAUAAUGUUAUGCAAGAUUCCACGAUAAUGACUGACUCGUGGUUAGGAUAUAAUCGGCUAGAAAGUUCAAACUAUUUCCACUAUCGGAUCAACCAUUCGCAAAAUUUUGUUGAUCCAAAUGACAGAUCGAUCCACACUCAAAAAGUCGAGAGGCUGUGGCGGGAUCUAAAGGCAAAUUAUAAAAGACAUGGGGAUCGGGAUAAUAUUCAUGAAUAUCUUCUUGAAUAUAGAUAUUUUCGAAAAUAUAGAUUAUUAAAUCGUUUUGAUCCUUUCGUAUCAUGCAGCCUUUCGACUUAUAGACCUACCCCUAAUUGUCUGUCUUAA